CAACGGUCUCGUCUCUUCCGCUCCGCCAUUUCCAGAUACUUCUCCAGUUCCCGAGGUCUAUCUCCAUCUCUCUUGUUCGUUCCGAUUUCGCUGAGGGAAGCCAUGGCCAAGCGUUACCCGAACGUCAGCGAGGAGUACCGGAAAGCCGCCGCGAAGUGCAAGAGGAAGCUCCGGGGACUCAUCGCCGAGAAGCAUUGCGCUCCCAUCGUCCUUCGACUGGCAUGGCACUCCGCCGGUACCUUCGACGUGCAGACGAAGACGGGAGGUCCCUUUGGGACGAUCAGGCACUCUGCGGAGCUCGCUCACGAAGCGAACAACGGAUUGGAUAUCGCCGUCCGGCUUCUGGAGCCGAUCAAGGCACAGUUCCCGAUCCUGUCCUACGCGGACUUCUACCAGUUGGCUGGGGUUGUUGCUGUUGAAAUAACUGGAGGGCCUGAGAUUCCUUUCCACCCUGGUAGACCGGACAAAAAUGAACCUCCCCCUGAAGGCCGGUUGCCUGAAGCUACAAAAGGUUCCGACCAUCUAAGACAAGUCUUUGGCCACAUGGGUCUUAGCGACAAAGAUAUCGUUGCCCUAUCUGGUGGGCACACUCUGGGCAGAUGCCACAAGGAACGCUCUGGAUUUGAAGGACCCUGGACUACCAACCCUCUCAUUUUUGACAACUCCUACUUUAAGGAACUCCUCAGCGGAGACAAGGAAGGUCUGAUCAAGCUACCAUCUGACAAGGCUCUUAUUGAGGAUCCCAUCUUUCGUCCUCUUGUUGAGAAGUACGCUGCGGACGAGGAUGCAUUCUUCGCGGAUUAUGAAGAAGCUCAUCUGAAGCUGUCAGAGCUAGGAUUUGCGGACGCUUAAUGAGGAGGCGAGAGGAGCGGCUGUCUAUCAUCUUGGAGGAUGUUUUGGAACCUCUUGUGCAUCUCUCUUGAUCUUCAGCAUGUGUCUGUGACAUGAGUCUGGUGUGCUUUUGUCAUGUGUAGUCAUGUGGUUUGGUCUUCUUUCUGCAAAAUAAGGUUCACCACAUAUUUGAUGGUUUGUGUAGUGAUCUGCUUCUGCAUUUCUAGUCCAUUCCAUGUAUAUAUCUAGAGAACCGUCCUCCUGGAUGAAAAAUGGGCAUUCAUAGAGAAGCAUUUACAGUUGGGUUUUGUGCGGUUGGUGAA